AGUCCGGAGUCCGGACAGGUGACCAGGGAAAGGUGGGGAUGGGCUGAUUUUGUUUCUGUCAAUUAGUUGGGACACGUUUACCUCGCUCCGUCUCUCAUUUCUUUAAAUUUCUUCCCCCGCUCCUCUAAUGUCUUCGCCGCUGACUUCUUCCCCGAUCGUUUUCUGUUCCUCCUCUGAACAUUUAUUCUCCUUCUCUCUCUCAAGGCUUAAUCGUGUUGUUGAAGCUCUCAUCGAAAGCAUCCACCAAUUCGAUCUGAGAAUGUGUGCUUGAAGCCUUCAAAUUUUCAACUCAACUGAACUUCCACGAGAUCUCACUUCUUGCACAAAUACUAGGCUUUUCUCGGGAUUUGCUAGGGUUUCACAAUCUGAUUCACCCUGAUUUUGCUGCAUUUCGCUGAUUCAGAGAGUUUUUUUGUCGAGAGUAGCGUUAAUUGGAACUUGUAAGAGUUUUCGGUGGUCGGAUGAGAUUGGUUUGAGUUCGGUGUAUAAGUAUUUCUGUGCAAUUAGGUUUUAUUUGUUCGUUUUGGCCGGAAUUCUGGUGAUGUUCGUUCGGGGACUAAUGGACUUUGACACGGAGAUUUGGGGAUCUGGAUUGGAUUGGGAUUCAGUUUCUUUUGUUUCCAUGGGUUUUAUGUGUAAUGAACAGUAAAUCUUCUUGGUACUCCUUUAACUGAUCGAAAUUUCAUAUUAUGGCUGCUCCGAGGAGUAUUGUCGUUGAUAUUGGGAGGCAGAGGGACGAAGAGAAUGCGAAAGAGGAUUCACCCACGAGUAAGAAACCGAUUGCUGCGAAAUUCGAAGGUAGAUUUCCGUUGUCGCAAUGGGAGUUGGCUAUUGCAAUUGGUGUGAUUUUGCUCUUCUCGACCGGUCUCUUUUUUGUCUAUGUGACCAUGCCAGCUGCCGAAUAUGGCAAGAUCAAGUUUCCUCGCUCUAUUUCUGAUCUUCGAGUUCUCAAAGAUAAUCUUGCAACAUAUGCAAACGACUACAGAGGGCAGUUUAUUCUAGGAUACUGUUCGACUUACAUCUUCAUGCAGACAUUUAUGAUUCCUGGAACAAUCUUCAUGUCAUUGCUUGCUGGUGCCCUUUUCGGUGUUAUCAAAGGCCUGGUUUUAGUUGUCUUCAAUGCAACAGCUGGGGCGUCAUGCUGUUAUUUCCUGUCUAAGUUAAUUGGCAGGCCUUUAGUUAAUUGGUUAUGGCCUGAAAAAUUGAGGUUUUUCCAUGCAGAGAUAGCAAAGCGCAAGGAAAAGCUUCUGAAUUACAUGCUUUUUUUAAGGAUUACUCCAACUUUGCCUAACACAUUUAUUAAUGUGGCAUCUCCAAUAGUGGAUAUUCCUUUCCACGUGUUUUUGCUAGCAACAUUGGUUGGACUUAUUCCAGCUUCAUAUAUCACUGUCAGAGCUGGCCUUGCUCUGGGGGAUCUGAAGUCAGUCAAGGAUUUAUAUGAUUUUAAGACCCUGGUUGUACUUUUCCUCAUCGGUUCGGUGUCCAUAUUUCCUACCAUCCUGAAGAAGAAGCGAACAUAUGAAUAAAAACCUUGUCAGUUGGUCCCUCCUAAUCUGCAAGCAUACAUGACUGGAGAAAACAGAUCCAGUCUCAUCAUGAUGCUGUCUGACCUAAGCACAGAAAUUUGGGAUCUCACCUGGGAAUCAUCCUUUCUAGCCAUUAAAGCACCUUUGUGGAGUUUCUCCCUUGGGAGCUAUCUGUCUGUGCUUUGACAUAUACAAGUGGUUUUACCUCCUUUUCCUCUUGUUUUUGACUCCCCCACCCCUGCUGUAGAUGUAUCACCUCCAUUAAUAUCUGUUGUUUUAGAUUUUUGGUGGCCAGGAUUUUUACGAGGUCUUCCCUGGUAUUCUUCCACAUGAAUAAGUCUAGACGCCUAACUAGAUCGGAAAUAGUGGCCUUGCUAAAGCUUCUUAUUUUCCAUUUGUAGGUUUGUCAGCUUGAGUUGUAAGGUUACAGAAGUGGUAGCUCUCUUAUUUACUUUGAUCAUUCAAAAUUAAAUUAACUUGUGGAUCUCAUA